UUGCUUUAGCUUUCUACGAUUUCCUAUAUUUUUCAACUUUCCCAUUUCGAGAUACGCUAGCAAUCAAAACUCCAAAAGAGCCCACAAAAACCCACGCUAGUGAAGUUUUGGCUAGAAAACAAAUACAACUUUGAGAGAGACCACUAUCUUCAACCAGCCUAGUUCCACAGUAAUGGUGCUUGUGCUUCCUGUUCUGGUUUUUGUCUAAGGUUUUUCUCUCUGGGCAUCUAUUGUUUGGGCCCAUUUGAGAUGGGUGACAACAAAGGAGAUACAACCAAGAAGCAAACACCCCAGCAAACUCAACAACAACAACUCUCUUCUUCUCCCAAAGAGCCCCCCGAGGAAUCCUCAGAAUCUAGGCAAAAACAUCUCCAGCAAACUUCAGCUGUUGUGGUCACAGCCACUGGACCUCCUUUCAUCUCUGCGCCUUUAUAUGUCCCAAUUGUUGCAACUUCUCCCUUUGAACAACAAUUUGAGUCAGUGAAUCCCAAGAGACCUCGAUACAACAGUGGCCAAUGGAAACUACUCCCAUCACCAUCUUCCUUACAGUCACAAGCCCAAAUGGCUAUAACCACCAGCGAAUCAAGCCCAUCACCAACCAGAAACCCCAUAAACCCACAAACUCAGGCGCCUAUAACAGCUGCUUCCUCCUCAGACACAGCCUUAUCUCCACCCAACUCUCCUCUCCCAACCUCAACUUCAGGCCAAGAAACAAACAAGCCAGAAGGAGAGCAAUUUCACCAUCAGUUCAGAAAGGGGAAAUAUGUCAGCCCCGUUUGGAAACCGAAUGAGAUGUUAUGGCUAGCAAGGGCUUGGAGGAUUCAAUAUCAAGGAGGGUCUGAUGCGUCUGGCUAUUCUUCAAGAAUUGGCCACCAAGAGAUUGGUCAUUUCGCAGUCAGCGAUGUUGCAGUCCAAUCAACAAGAGGCAAAACUAGGGCUGACAAGGAUAGGGAAGUAGCCGAGUUCUUAAACAAACAUGGGAUCAAUAGAGAUGCCAAAACUGCUGGUACUAAGUGGGAUAAUAUGCUAGGCGAGUUUAGAAAAGUGUAUGAAUGGGAGAGAGGGGAAAAAGAACAAGUAGGCAAGAGUUAUUUCAGACUUUCUCCUUAUGAGAGGAAACUACAUAGAUUACCCGCUUCCUUUGAUGAGGAAGUCUUUGAGGAGCUGUCUCAGUUCAUGGGUCCUCGCAUGAGAACUUCUCAAAGCAGAGGAGCUUCUGCAAUUGCUUCUAGUGGUGAUGGUCGGCCGGUUCUUUCUGGUUCUAGAGCUCUGCCUCCUCCCCCUCCUUGCAAAGAAGAUGAACUUCCUCUCUCAGGUAAGCCAAUUCCUUUAGUUAGGACAAAACAACUGGUAGCAACUGGUGGAGGUGAUGCCUUCUUUCAUGGAACUAGAGGAAGUCUGUUAGGGUUCGACACUUCGCUAGACGUUGGUGCCGGUCUGCCUUCUUCAUCUUCAAAGGAACUUCGUAGAAUUGGGAAGAUAAGAAUGACAUGGGAGGAGUCUGUAAGUUUAUGGGCAGAAGAAGGUGAGCACCAUAGAGGAAGAGUGAGACUUCAAGGUUCAAGCUUUUUGAACGCAGAUGAACUCGCUUUCUUUGACGAUGCCAUGGUUGCUUGCUCAAUGGAAGCCAUUGAAGAUGGACCUCUAAAAGGCUUCUCCUUUGAUAGGUUCGUCAAUGGACAGCAAGUGAAAGUAUUUGGCAGGAGAAAGUCGUCCGCAGCUUCUUCACCCUCUCUCUCUCUAAUGAUACCAGGUAUCAUUGAAAGAGCUCAGCUUCCGUUUGCAGAACCCUCUAUCAGAUCAAUGCCUCCGUUGGAGUUCCAAGACCCAACAGACUACUACGUCGGUUGCCUUCGAGUUCCCCCAACGACACUGCCAAGCUUGUUUGAGCUUUCAUGGCACUUACAAGAGCCACCACCUGAGGAAUAUCGAUUUCCCAUAAGGAGAGAUGUGUACCGAGAUCUGCCACCCGGUAAAGAAGUUUUAUUUACUACUUCUAAUGAACUGUUAGAUUGUAGAGCUAUCAUAUAUGAUAUUUUGAGCCCAAUUAUCCGCACCAACCCUAGUCUCAGUGCUGCUACUGCCACAGGCAGAGACUCUUAUAUUGGCCUUUGGGAUGAUUGCAUCAGUAGGGUUGUGUCCAAAUUUUGUUCUGGUGAAAUGGUUAUUAUCCGAAAACCUUCAUCAUCAUCAGCUGAUCAGCCAUUGCAGGAUCAAUGGCCAAACGUAACAGGUUUUGUUAGAAAUUUUUGCUUGUGGAGGGGAGAGGAGACUGAUCAACUGAGGGAAGGUCAACUUGACCCACCAUCUUCUAUCGUGGAGAAGUUGCUAUGGACUUACAUGGAUCUUCCGUACAUAUUAGGCUAUUAUGCUGUUGGCUACAUGGUAACAUUUUGCGCAUUAAGCCGGUCACAAGAUCGCAUUAUCAGGACAGAUUUAUAUUCAGUAGAUUUAUCCUCCCCCUCUGAGAGACUAAAAGCCCUAGUCCCUUGCUGUAGAAUAGCAGGUCUGUUGCCGUUGCUAGCUGACCGGUGCUUCAACAACGUCAAUAAUGUUGGCUCUUACAAGCAAUUUCCAUUCAGCGAUUUUGAAAGAAUUGAUUUGGGAAAUGGAAAUAUAAUGGAAAUGACACCAAAUACGGUGAUAAGAUCAUUCUCGAGCAAGAAAAAAUGGGCAGCAGUGAAAGAAAUAUAUGAUAUCCUGGAUCACCGAAUCCCUCACGCCGAAUUUAUUUGUCGGGCAUCUGAGAAGGAUCUUACAUUGUUGUUUAAGCCUAGGGGAUGCAAAUUCAAGCCCGUAAACUGUGACCAACUUGUGGAAGCUCUCAAGUACGUGACUAAAGCAUUGGUAGCCCUACAUGACUUAUGCUUCAUGCACCGGGACUUGGGUUGGGACAAAGUGCUGAGAAGGAGCGACAGAGAAAACGAAUGGUUCGUUUGCGGGUUCGACGAGGCAGUGGGUGCACCACAGAUAUACCCGCACACAGCCGCAGAAGUGGAGGCGCGUGCAAGGCACGCGCCAGAGAUGGGGAGGGGUUUACAUGGGGUGAAAGUGGACGUGUGGGGGGUAGGCCACUUGGUGAAGACCUGUGGGCUCACAAACGUGCCAAAAAUGCUGAGGGAGUUGCAAAAUAGGUGCUUGGAUCAGAACCCGGAGCAGAGGCCAACUGCAGCCGAUUGUUACCACCACUUGUUGCAGGUGCAGUCAGCCUCAUCCGGCGCACCCUAUUGAAGUGACACAUGACCGAUUAACAUUUUAUCUAUAUUUUAUUUUAUACUAGUUAAGAAUGUUUUUAUGCCACAUUAAUUAAUUUAUGUAGUUGAGCUUUUAGCUCUAGGUCCUUGGGUAU